CUUGCUUGCUUGCACACGGAUCCGACACGCGGCACAGAGAUCAUCACACUGAGAGGCCACGAAACGAAAAAAUACGAUCCUCCAAUCCAUCAUCAUCAUCGUCCACAAGGAGCUUCAUUCCGAUCUGAUCAAACAUGGCUUUCCUUGUGACAUCGUUAAUAUUCGCUGUGGUCGGCAUCAUUGCUUCGGUUUUCACAAGAAUCUGCUUCAACCAAGGCCCCUCCACCAAUCUGCUACAUUUUACUUUGGUCAUUACAGCCACUGUCUGCUGUUGGUUGAUGUGGGCAAUUGUAUACAUUGCGCAGAUGAAGCCUCUCAUUGUCCCAAUCCUAAGCGAGGUUGAGUAGAAACCAUCUCUACUCACACUAGGCAACCCAAUGCACGGAUUUGGUUGUCUGCUUGUUCUUUCUGUGUUUCCCUCUUCAAUCAUAUCGGUUUUCCUUUCCCUUUUGUAAUUUUUACAGCUGUGGAACAAACAAUACGUUUGCCUCUUCUUCACUGUCACAUCUCGUCUCUCAUUCAUUUAUAUAACAGUCUGCAUCAUACUCAAAAAGACUGCCACAGAGUUCAGUCUGUAUUAUUUGUUGAUGAAAUAAAAAUCUUUGGAGGAA